AUGAAGUCUUUUUUCUCCAAGUUUAUUGCCCUGCGAGAAGCCAAACCUACGACACAAACCCCACCAGAGGAGCUUUACGAUGCGAUCGAACCACAGAUCAAAGGCAACCUUGAAAUCGCAAUCGACUCGACGAAUCGCGAGAGAUGGCCCGACGUCAUCCUCAAGGCACGAAGGCAUAUGCGAUGCCACCCCUACCAUCCCAAGCGACUACCAAAAUCAUAUCGGCCGUUCCAGAUGGUCGUAGACCCGCCGACUGAUGAACGCCAAGAAAGCAAUGAUGGACCAAGUCGACCCGCUCUGACGACAUUUCCAGUGUUCAUGGACCUGCCAAAAGAGCUCAGAGACAAGAUCAUGCUCAUGUCGCAGACUCCUACUGUCAUGCAGGGAAAGGUCGUUAUCGAUCUGGAAUGGAGAGAAGGACCGCAAAUCCACUUUCAGCCGUACAGAUCGUGGUCGAGCGUGCCUCUCUACGCAGUCAGCCGGGAGACGAGAGCGUUGGCUAUCACCUACUUCGGAGAACCGCAGCCGGGUUCUAUCCCGUUCAAUUCUUCGCAUGACUUUGUGGAGGUUGAGUGGAACGGGUCGAUGCAAGCCGAGCGCAGCUGGACUGGCAACCACAAGGGCCCAGGACCAGUCCUCGUCACUCGAAAACGGAACGUCACAGAGAAAGAAUGGCCCAUGCCGCCAGACUUAUGUGAAAGAAUACAGCACGUAGUCAUUGAUGCCCGCAACGCGGCUUUCGAAGAUGACUCCAAAAAAGGGCCUUGGCGACUGGUCUUCGGGCUUUUCAGGGAUCAUUUCAAGAACCUAAGGAUCUUAGACAUCAAGCUGUGGGAUUUGGAUGAUGCGAGAUCUGACAGAUCGUAUGAUCCAGUAUGCCAAGAGCUUUAUAGGAUUGAUCAACUGGAUUUUCUUGACGAGUUGGAAGACAUGUCAUCCGACGGCCAUACGCCAUUCUUGAACCUAGAGUGUGUCAGUAUCAUACCAGAGCUACCCACGCCCCUACAGGUGGAGCGAGAACAGUUCAGAUUUCGUAAGGUCAAAGGGAGUCACUUCAAGACUAUCAGAGCGGGUGAGCUUCCCAGAGCUGGUGUUUGA